AUGUCGUCACCGCACAGCACACUUAGCAGUCGUUUGCGUAUAGCUUGGAUCGCAGAUCCCAAAAAGUUUGGUACAAAGCCUGGAUAUCCAAAGCCCAGCCUGCGGGAUCGUUUGCAGCGCGAGGGUGGCUUCUCCUUUGUCCGCCUUACGGCUGCGGAAGUCAAGAAGGGAGCGCUGCAGACGGGAAAUUAUGACAUCUUCAUUGUCCCUGGUGGCUAUGCUCCAAACUAUGCAGAUGCCUUGGGUGAACUGGGAGGAGAGAGAAUACGCAGCUUUGUGAAGGCUGGCGGUGGAUAUGUUGGAAUUUGCGCUGGUGCAUAUUUGGGUACUUCGUGGGGAUACGACCUACUGCCAGUCAACGUUCUGGACAUAGACCACUGGGAUCGUGGCAAGACCGCCGACUGCCGUUUGAGACCAACGGCAGCAGGCAAAAAGAUCGCAGGCUCACUACAAGAAGAGUUUGCUGCCCCCUACGCCAACGGACCUUUGUUGGAAAUUUUGGAUUCUGCCGUUGACUCUUUGGUGGAUUUCCAGUCUCAGCUUUGCGGGAAAAAGGGCACUUACCCAAAACUCAUGCAAGGCUCACCAGCGGUUGUGGCAGGUCCACAUGGAAAGGGUCGAGUCUUGCUCAUUUCGCCGCACAUUGAAGGAAACCCUGCGCUUGGAGAUGCAUUCAGGAGCUUUGUCAAAUGGACGGCUGGAGGCCUCUCUGCAAUGUGCGAAGCUCCAGUACCUGAAAGUUUGAAGCCGCAAGAGACUGAGGGCCCCCAGGGUGGUAUGCAAGAAAACGAAGCCAAGAACGACAAACCGCUGAACCAGUCGGUGCUGGAGGCCUCGUCCAUAACGGAGGCAGACGUGACUCAGAUUUUCCAGAAAUUUGAUUUGAACAAGGAUGGGAAACUGGAUUUUGCGGAGCUGGAGAUGCUGCUGACUUCCUUGCAAGGCUCAGAUGCACUGAGUGCUGAAAUUGCAGGAUUGCUAGAACAGAUUCAGCAGAAGGAAUCCGGGGGCAUUCAGUACGAGGAGUUCAUUGCGUGGGCGUUUGGUGCACCAUGUCUGGUGAACCAUGAUGUUUGCCUCGAGACAGACGGUGAAGAAGACGCAGUCAUGGACAAACCCUCAAUGAUCCGCAUGCAGAGCUCAGCACAAUAUGGAACUUCAACGCCAGAUUCGCAGGAGGCUCAACCAGCUCAACCUCCCGUUCUGAUGCGGACCUGCAGUGAUGGAUGCUCGGGGAAGCAGCAGGUCGUUUCGCCUGAGAAGCUUGAGGCUUCCGUCGUAGCAAUCCAACGUGCAGCACGUGCUAUGAAGAGUUCCGAGACUGAGAAAGACACGCAAAACUCUAGUGGAUCCAAGGAAUGCAAAGAAGAAGUCCCUCAAGUACCAGUGGCAAAGACAAAAGCAGGCGCGAAAGCAAAAGCAUCGGCCUUGCAUCCUCCAGCGCCCAUCUUGCAGCGAGGUGGUUUAGAUUUUGUGUGUUGCCUUGGAGGCCCUAUAUUGAUAACUGCACCGCAUUCGAUGAAAAUUGUCCGUGGUGGUGGCGGCACGCUUGAACGAACUCGGAAUCACAAGCGGGAAAGAUGGACUGCAGAGAUUUCCAUGCUUGUGGCUCGAGAACUUUACCUGGCUGGUUUGCCCGCCUCUGUCAUGGUGUGGAACCGUAUUGCUGGCCCUGGAAGAGGUCGUUUGGAUCCCAACUAUUUGUUGCGUUCACAAUUUAAUCUCUCACCAUGGCAUAGAGCACUUCAUAAAUGGGCAACAAAGAUUGGAGGAGGAGGACCGGCAACAGAUGCAGGAAUUCCUUUGCUGCAUGUGGACCUGCAUGGCAAAGUGUCUGAGAAGCUUCACCUGGAUUUAGGCGCUGCUCCUCUGGAGGAAGUGUGGCCAGAGCAGGACCAAAGUGUUGUCCGUGCUUUGAAAUUCAAUUUUUGCAAGAAGCUUGAUAAGGCGUUGGCUGACUGCCGUGUUUUAUCCCAGAAGGGAAAGCAAAUCAAGGUUGAAGCUGACCCUGCCUUGCAUGGAUUCUGGGGCGCUGACACAGUGACAACGAUCUCUCACCAAUCUGUAUUGCUCGGAAUUCCAGCAGUGCAAUUUGAGAUGCCUCCACGAUUGCGAGAGCAGCUCGUGACAAACCCAGAGCUUUCAAAACGCUUUGCAGCAGCAAUUCAAGAGGUUUAUUUUGAAGUGGUCACACCAUGGUGGUUAGCACGCUGCAGAUCAACAACCCCGUGGCCACGCCUUGACCCCAUCGACACCUCUGCCGAAGUGGAAGAGACUUUGCCACCAUACGGUUUGGAAGACUUUGCCCGAUGGUCUGAACAGAUGGUCGGCGAAUUCCUUCAGAUCGAGAAGAGCUUGACAUCUGAAGCGCAGAUCUGA